CGGAGAAACGUUUUGCGGUCUGACGCAGUUAGCUGGAGUCUGUUGUAUGAAUUAGCGCUACAUAUCAUGAUGUAAUGGUUAUCUGUUGCGGACUUUGGAUGUUUCUGUCCAGUACGACCACUCCUCCCUUCAAGGGAAUGAAUCGGCCGCCAAAGAGCUACACUCCUGCCUAGCUUCCUCGAUGUUCGUGUUUAUUACGACAGGAAAUAGUUAAAGUUGUAAACACACCAAACACAAACUGUGGAUAUAUUUGCUGAACAUGGCAAACGUGAAUAAGUUCGUACAACUGUGUAAUUAUCUCCAAGACCCCUGCCAUGUGGCGAGCUUUCAGAGACUAUGCGGCGUGCAGGGGACAUUUCCGGAGAAACGGASCGAGCCGGGCGACGGACCGCUGGAUCCAGGCGGGCUGAGGAGGAGGGUCCCGCRCGGGGGACAGAGCUCGGGUGAAGGCGUGGGGAACGGGGAUGCAGCCUCGCCGCAGAGUAACGGGAUGCAGGAGGACAACAAGCCCGAUGAUGGCGCCGAGUCCACCAGAGCUAAACCCCUCCGGAGGAACUCCCUGACUGGGGAUGUGGGUCAGGAGUUCCUGAUCCACAACAAGCUCCUCUUCUACGUCUUCACGUUCGGAACUGAGCUGGGCAACGAGAUGUUCUUCAUCGUCUUCUUCCCGUUCCUCUUCUGGAAUGUGGACGCCCUGGUCAGCAGGAGGCUCAUCGUGGUCUGGGCCUGGAACUUGUUCGUGGGACAGUCCACCAAGGACAUGGUCCGCUGGUCCCGGCCGGCCUCCCCUCCUGUGGUGAAGGUGGAGGUCUUCUACAACUCGGAGUACAGCAUGCCCUCCACACACGCCAUGACGGGGACAGCCAUACCUUUCUGCCUCUUCAUGCUGACUUACGGGCGGUGGCAGUAUCCUUUCUUCCUUGGCUUUUGUGUGGCUCUGAGCUGGAGCAUCCUGGUCUGCGUGAGCCGAGUCUACAUGGGAAUGCACUCUGUCCUGGAGGUGAUCACUGGCUUYCUGUACAGCCUCCUUGUUCUUGCCUUCUUUCACCCGCUGUUGGAGAGGAUCGACACCUACUACAUGACGGACCACUACGCGCCRCUCAUGAUCAUCGUGUCACACGUGGGCCUGGGACUCGUGGCGUUCUCCCUGGAUUCGUGGAGCACCUCUCGGGGCGACACGGCUCAGGCGCUGGGCACCGGUGCGGGCGCCGCCCUGGCCACCCACGUGAACUACCAGCUGGGGCUGCUGCUGGACCCAGCGCUGUCCUCGCUCCCUCUGACUGUACCCCCGCUCACCACAGGCCUGGUGCUGCGCUCGCUGCUGCGCUUCUUCAUCGGCGUGGCCGCCCUCCUCGUCACAAGAACGGCCAUGAAAGCGGUGACGGUUCCGUUCUUGUGCCGGUUGUUCGGGCUGCCCCUGGACGACGUGAGACGGGCGCGGCAGCACAUGAAGGUGGAGCUGCCGUACCGUUACAUCGUCUACAGCGUGAUGGGCUUUGUCUGUGUCUGCUUUGUGCCUGCCAUCUUCAUGAUCCUAAACCUCGCCUGAGUGUUUAUGAGCAGACUGUUGUGUGACAAGGCGAAGGCUGACGGCAUUUAAAAACAUGCUGCUCAUUUUAACACAAAAUAACAAAACAAAAGGUUUUGCACAGAGUUGCCGAAUUAAAGGAUAAUUGAUGAUAUUUUAAUAUUCUCAAAUUCCAAAGCACUAAAACUAAACAAAAUAAAAACACACCUAAAGGGCUGUACUAUG